AUGUCUAGUCGCCAACAAAUUGACUCCGUCAUUGAUGACGAUGAUGAGUUCUGCCCCCUUUGUAUCGAAGAGUUCGACCUCUCCGACAAGAACUUCAAACCUUGUCCCUGUGGAUACCAGAUUUGUCAAUUUUGCUACAACAAUAUCAAAACCCAUAGCGAGGAAGGUCGAUGCCCAAACUGUCGUCGUCCUUACGACGAUAGUACCAUUCAAUACAAGAUUCCCGAUGCAGAGGAGUUCAAAGCGGACCUGGCAUUAAAGCAUCGGAAAGCCGCAGCAGCAAAGAAGAAGGAAGCCGAAAAGCGCGAGAUCGAAGCUUCCAGCCGGAAGAACCUAGCAGGCGUCCGUGUUGUCCAAAAGAACCUGGUCUAUGUCAUCGGCCUGAACCCCACGAUCCGCGACGAAAACCAACUCCUCCAGACCCUCCGUGGGCGAGAAUAUUUCGGACAAUAUGGCGAUAUCGAGAAGAUUGUGGUCAGCAAGGCCAAGCCUGGUGGCAAUCCCCACCAGGGAAUUGGUGUCUACGUCACUUUCUCCAGGAAACUCGAUGCUGCGACAUGUAUUGGUGCCGUGGACGGAUCUGUGAAUGGCGACCGCGUUCUAAGAGCCCAAUAUGGCACCACGAAGUAUUGUUCUUCGUUCCUCCGGAAUGAGCAGUGCAAUAAUCGAAACUGUACAUUCCUGCACGAGACUGGAGAAGAUAGCGAGAGCUAUAGUCGUUCUGACCUUUCCUCCAUGAACACAUUAUCCAGCCAACGACAGAAUCACCCACCUCACCCGCCUCAUGCUCCCCACCCUCGUCCCUCUCAGACUAUCACGCAUACCAUGCGUCGGCAACCAAGCAAGGACGACUCUAUAAGUGGGCGUCAAUCUAUUCCGGAUGGACCUGCGCUUCCUUCGUCUGCAAGUUGGGCAAAUAAGGACACUUCCAUUCGAACAAGGCGACCUAGUCUGACGGGUAGCCAGGCUUCCCAGAGCCCGAGACCCGCUAGUGUCACUGUUUCAACGACCACGGAGGAGCCUAAGCGUGUUGAGAAACCGUCGCCUGUCGCUCAGGAAGCGCAGCAGAUGUCAACUCAAUCCGUUCCGCAUUCUCCAGUUUCUCAACCUCAGCCAUGUGAGACGAAGUCGGUUCCUGAGCCACCCUCUCCGUUCGAUACUCUUAUUAAGGACCUGAUGAAUCCUAAUUUCCGAUUUAUUUUUUCGACAACUGACCUCCCAGAGGAGGAGGUCAAGAGGAUCAAGAACUAUCCUUCAUUUAUCGAUCCAUAUGGAGGUGUCAAGCGUCGGGCGAUGCGAGAGAAGGUUGAACAAGAACGUUUGAAGCGUGAGCAGGAGCUUCUUCAAUCUGCCACCGCAGAGGAAGAGAGUCGCGAAGCUGGCAGUCUCCAACUCGGCGGAGAGCCCGAGGAUUCCAAUCCGCCACGGGGUCGUCAGACUCGCGAAUCACAUGGUGCGAUACAGCCGCCCUCGACCCAAGGCACAGCGGACAACUCGACUGUCGGUUCUCCAGUAUCCGCUACUUCUCACCAAUUCCAGGGUCUCAACCUAGCCGGCCGAAGUUUGACCCCCCUACAGCAGCAGCAGUUGAUGCUUCUGAAGUCAGCUGGCAACCAGCAAGCUGGAUUGCCUGACUCUCUGAGCUCUGCAGCCAUGGAUCAAGCGGCGCAGGUCCGCCAGGGCCUUUUGCAGAACCAGAUGGCCCAAUUCAAUGCUCUUCAGGCCCAGAACCGCCAAUCCUCGCGGUUCACCUUUGCCAACGAGGUUGGAUCCAAGAACAUCAGCAACGCUCGCAUGCUCAGCCAGAUGCAAUCUGGCACCCCCAACCCUCUGUCUGCUCCUAGCCCCCAGCAUGCGCUCGCUAGUGGAUUCUAUGCGAGUGGUGUCCAAGGUCCCCCGCCCGGACUGAAGACGGCAGGGACACCUCCCAUUAGUGGCGGCGGUAUGUUUGCCCAGGGCCAUGGCUUUACUUCCAAUGCCAAUCUUGGACUGGGAUCGACCAUGGGAAAACAGGAUGCGACACCCGAAUUGAUGCGUGAAUUAUUGCGUGGCCGCAGUGGCACGAAUGUGGGAGGUGUACAGGCCCAGGAGGCCGCGAAGCGUGAGUUCAUGUUCCCUUUUAUUCAACAGCACCAAACCCCACCUCCCCUGACUCCCGUCAAUGGCCUUCUCAGCUCCUUCUAUGGGCCCCAGACAGGUACUGCACCUGAUUCUGGUGGCUCACAGAAGCAGAAGAAGAAAGGGAAAAAGCACAGACACGCUAACACUUCCUCCGGUGGAGGCGGUGUAGUAGAUCUUGCGGACCCAAGCAUUUUGCAGGCAAGAAUGCAUCAAGUCGGUGCCAAUGCUACUGCCGGGCAGGCGUUGUACGGGAGCCAGGGUCAAGUGAAUGAAGAGUUCCCCCCGCUGGGUGGCCAGUUGAAAGAGGGCCAAUCUGUGGAUCCAUUCGGCUUUCUCAAAUCCCAACUAUCCAGUGACUCUUCAGGCCGCGUUGGCACGCCGAGUCUCCCACCCGGCCUCCCUUUGCCUCACGCCCAUCCUGCAUCAUCCGUCUUCCAGGACCAGUUUGAUGCCUCCAAACCUUCAUCUCCCGCACCGAUGGUUCCUCCAGGCCUGAGCGCCAACGUAUCUAGAGUCGGCACCCCCUCACAGAAGAACCAGUUGGAGUCACUAGCCAUGACCCCAGAAGUCCCCUCGCGAACAACAGCAUCUGUCAGAGCGAAGGACGCUUCUCAGAUUUCGUUCGGGUCACCUGUCGCGAAGUCCGCUCAGAAGACUCGGAUCAAUACGAAGAUCGACUUGUCUAUGGCUUCUUACGACAAAGAUGCCUCUGUUAAAGCCGAUCAAAGUCCAACUGUAGGCGCGAAGGCAAGUCCCAUUAGUCUGAGCAUGUCCUCGACCGCUCCGGAACCUGUGUCUGCCAAAUCUGAACGUGCUCUGUCUGGAACUUUCCCGCCUGCCCCUGGCUCGGUCUCUGCUAUCGGUUCAAGACCCAACACCCCAUUGACUGCUACCUCUCGAAUCUCUGAUUCGCCAGCUCCACGUCAGCCGCGCAUUUUACGUGUUGUUGAGACGCCCAAACCCGAGACACCUCUUCCAGUCGGUACUGCCCCAUCGGUGACCACGUCGAUUACAGGCGCCGGUAAAACACGAUCAAGAAGGCAGAGUUUGUCUUCUGAUAGCCGACCCGACACUCCUGCAGACUUUGGCUCUGAGGCUGAUCUCUUCCCUUCGACUUCUGCCUCGCGUACCAAUUCACCGCCUCCCGCUGGAACCCGAAUUGGAUCUGCUCCUGUCCGCUCAAUCACAAAAAGUCAAGCCAAGAAAGAGCGACGACAAAAAGCGAAGGAGGCUGAGGCCAAAAGUGUCGAGACCGCCCCGGCGCCUGAAGAACCAGUUCAGGCUCCCAUCAUUGGACGGAAGCGCAAGACUAAGAAAGCAACCACAGCAACUACAGGGGCCAACACGGCUUCUACAUCAAAUGUGACCGACUCGGCUAGUUCUGUCAGAGCAGCCCCGAUUGAUUCUCCGAAGAAACCUGACCUGAAACCUGAACCUUUGAAGAAGGCAAAGGAGUUGGAGCAGGCUCCUCGAGAAGUGAAGCCGACCCCUGUGCAAGAACAGCCAAGUGCUCUCAAGAUUCCUCCAGAGGCGUGGCGCUCGCAUAAUACCGUUGAACAAUUGACGAAGGAUGCGGGAGAGUCUGGUCGCUUGAUCAAGGAUUUGUUGUUGGAACGAACCAAGCCUCUUCAUGAAAUGCUUGCACAAAUGCACAAGUCAGGCGAGCUGGAUCUCAACAAAAGCUCCCUCUUCAAUCCCGCCAAUCUCAGCCAGCGUACCGAUAUGAAAUGCACUUCCGAUGACUACGAACUUCUAAAACUACCUACUGAAUUGACGGAGGAGCAUCGGAAGACCUUGCUUUCUGGAAAACCUAUCCGAAUUGAGAGCGAGAAGCUGAAGGACCGCUGCCUGAUCACUCCUCGUGGCUGUGUUCUCCGCCACCUGGAGCCCGAAGAGGAAGAGCGGUAUCUUGAUCUCGAGAAGAAGCGAGGUGGCGCCAUCGACCCAGUUAUAAUUGGUGAUGACUCUAGCAAUAUCAAUGGAGGCAUUGACGCGCUGUUCGCGACUCCCGAGAAGUUCAACAUCUGCUGGGUGGAUGAUAACCCCACCCGCUUGGGCACCACUUCUGCUAGCGGCACCGUAGAUGGUACUGACUCGAUUGUUCCUCCAAAUGUUUUAUCUGCAAUGGAAGCGGACAGCACUCGCAGCCACGACUGGGCCGUUGCUCACUCUGCCGAACUUCUUCAGACCACUACUGCUGCCGUGCGUUCUUUCGCCGCUGCUACCGCCAGGCAGAUGCUGGGCUCUGCCAGUGUGCCUGGGGUGAACCCUAGCUUGGAUGAUGUUGCGGCUAUGACGAACGAAGAGCUCAAAAAUCUUGCCGGACGAUCCCAGAAGGAUUUGGAGGGUACUCGCAAGGAACUUGAUGCCCUCGAUAAGAAAUUUGUCGCGCUGCUUCGGCGGAACAAGAAACUCCAGCAGCAAGCUCUUUCCAUGGCGACGGAGUCGGGGGUCUAA